GCCCGCUGCGCCCCCCAGCCGCCCUGCCUGCCUGCCUGCCUGCCCGCCCCUGCACUCAUGGCUCCGCGCCCCACCGUCGUCCUGCUGGCCCUCCUGGCCGCCGCCCUGCUGGCCCUCCUGGCCGGCCCAGGGAACGCAGACUCCAGCCAGGACUGCUGCCUCAAAGUUCCUCCUCCAUCCUGGCGUUUCUCUCAGAAAAUGAAGGACAAGCUGGUCGAUUACCGCAUCCAGGAUCCCUCAAUGGGAUGCCAGCUGGAGGCUAUUGUGUUCAUCACCAAGAAGGGCCGUGAACUGUGUAUCUCUCCACAUGCAGCCUGGGCUUCAGGACUCAAGAGGAAAAUAGAUGCCAGGAAUCGAAGGAGGCAGCAGCCAAGCGCCCGAGGGUCUGAGGACUGGCAAGGCUAGAUCCCAGCCACAGAGACCGACCAUCCGGAUGUCCACAGAGAUCCCUCUGCCAUUAAAGAAACGGAAGACUCCGACCGCCCCGUUGACCGCCUUCUCUGCUUCCACUUGCCUGCUUGGGAUGGGAAAGGCCUCUUCCGUCUGCUUAUCCCCAUUGCCUGGGUUGCCCCUCUGAGAGCUUUGAGUCUUCUAUUGGGUGACUCAGACUGGAAAGGUCAUCUUUUUCACCCCCCAGAUUAGAACCUGGAGCUAGUUGGGGUCCUGGUUUUCAACACCCCCACCCCCAGUCUAUAGAAGAAGAAGAGUUUGGAUUUCUAUCCCCCCUUUCUCUCCUGCAGGAGACUCAAAGGGGCUGACAAUCUCCUUGCCCUUCCCCCCU